AUGGGAUGGCGACCAUCGGGCGGCGGAGACACGUUUACUUUGGAUAGCAGCAAUAUUGGAGCUGCACAAUGGAGCCGAGCUGCCAAAGGAUGCGAGCUGAAAAUCCUGUCACGGACGUCAGGCGUCAUUCAAUUGGACGGCUUUGAUCAAGAGGAUUUUGAGCGAUUGAGCAAAGCCUUCAAAGUCUGGUACGGCGUCGCCAUCGAACAACGAGAACAUGCACUUCGAGGAUGGAAUUGGGGCAAAGCAGAAUUCACCAAGGCGGAACUUGCCUUCAAUGUCCAAAACCGUCCCGCUUUUGAAAUCCCUUACUCUGAAAUUUCGAACACAAAUCUGGCGGGUAAGAAUGAGGUCGCAGUUGAAUUUGCGCUUCCCGCAGAUGAGAAGGCCAAUGGUCACAUCGAGGGCAGCACCAAAAACCGUGGCCGGAAAGCUGCUGCUGGUCCUGACGAACUAGUUGAGAUGCGGUUUUAUAUUCCUGGUACAGCCCUAAAGAAGGAGAAGCCUCAAGAAGAUGGGACCAAGAAAGAAGAAGACGAGGAAGAGGAAGUUGAAGAAGUCGAAGAACAGAACGCCGCGAAUCUCUUCUACGAGACUCUUAUGGACAAGGCAGAGAUAGGCGAUGUGGCAGGAGACACAUAUGCUACAUUCUUGGACGUCCUGCAUCUUACACCCAGAGGUCGAUUUGAUAUUGAUAUGUACGAAGCGUCGUUCCGGCUCCGUGGUAAGACAUAUGACUAUAAGAUUCAAUACUCCUCGAUAAAGAAAUUUUUCUUGCUACCCAAGAACGAUGAGAUGCACACUUUGAUCGUUCUUGGUCUGGAUCCACCACUUCGACAAGGUCAAACAAGAUAUCCCUUCUUGGUCAUGCAGUUGAAACUAGAUGAGGAAGUUAGCAUAGAGCUCAACAUGACAGAAUUCUCGCGGUAUCUAACAAUAGCCUCUAGGGAACUUUUACAAGAACGCUACAAAGGCAAGUUGGAGCCGCGAUAUGAGGAACCAAUCCAUCAGGUCAUUACCAAGAUUUUCCGUGGCCUUUCAGGGAAGAAAGUCAUAAUGCCAUCGAAGGACUUUGUCAGUCAUCACGGCCACAGUGGAGUUAAAUGCUCUAUCAAAGCAAACGAGGGUUCCUUGUAUUUCUUGGAUAAGAGCCUUAUGUUCGUCCCUAAGCCGGCAACUUACAUUCAGAUCGAAAACAUUGCCGUGGUUACCAUGUCACGUGUUGGCGGUGCUAUUUCUGCCAGCAGAACAUUCGAUAUCACCGUCAGCUUGAAGGGUGGCUUAGGAGAACAUCAAUUCAGCAACAUCAAUCGUGAGGAACAACAACCACUGGAGGAAUUUUUCAAAGCGAAAAACAUCCGAAUCAAAAAUGAAAUGGUUGACGACUCCGCUGCCCUCAUUGCAGCAGCUCUCGAGAAUGAGGACUCUAGUGACGAUGAUGUCCUUCCUGAUCGCGGUUCUGCUGACGAAGACGAAGAAUCCGUGGAUGAAGACUUCCGUGCUGACUCCGAUUCCGAUGUUGCCGAAGAGUAUGACUCUGCACACGAAAGCAGUGGCAGCGGAAGCGGCAGUGACGCUGAAAUGGAUGACGCGGACGAGGACGACGAUGUAGUGGACGAUGAAGAUGAAGAAGAGGAAGAACGACCCAAGAAGAAAUCCAAAGUUGGUAAAUAA